AUGUUACAUCGUCAACAGCGCCGACUGGCCAUCAGGCUGAUCCGGACCUACUGCACAGCGUCGUUCGCGGCGGCCACGGCUCUGGCGGGCCUCCUCCCGGCCGAGUUCCUGGCGAACUCGUACGCUGAAUUCUAUCGGUGUACGAGGGACCCAGACCGGCCCGGGAGCGCCCGCCUAUUACCACGAGUCGUGGCUAGGCUUAGGAGGGACGCCCGCCAGGGAGCCAUGGAGGCGUGGCAGGCCUCCCUAAUUGGCUCCAAGGCGGGCAGAUGGACCACCCAGGCCAUCCAACCCUGUCUUCCCGAAUGGGCGGAGAGGAGGGGAUGCGGAAUCGGGUUCCACCUGACAGAGGUACUCACCGGGCACGGUUGCUUCGGUGACUACUUGUGUAGGAUCGGUAGGGAGUAUACGACCAAGUGCCACCACUGCGCGGCCGGUCUGGACUCGGCGCGACACAUUCUCGUGAAGUGUGAAGCAUGGGAGGGGGAACGCCGGAUCCUGACCGCAGUGGUUGGCGAGGACCUCUCCCUUCCAGCAUUAGUGAGAGCUAUGCUGGAGGGAGAAGAUAAAUGGAGGGCCGUCUCCUCCUUCUGUAACAGCAUAAUGUCGCAGAAGGAGGAGGCAGAGAGAAGGAGAAGGGGGGAGGCGGUGGAAGGAGGGGAUGAUCCCCCUCCUCUACCGCCGCCAACACAACCCCCCCGCUCCCAAGGGGACAGAUGA